AUGGCUCUCUGGACGUCGUCCUACCCGGUAGAUGCCGGCGACCGGGACCCCAGCUUUGCCUGGCACGACACCGACGUCCCCAGCGCCGGCCUUGACGAAACCCAGCACGACCUCUUUGCCCAGUUCCUCGACUUUGAGGCCGGCCACGGCCCCGCCGGCGCUGGUGAGCCCUCGUAUCAAGACGCGAUGCAGCACCAGCACCAUCAAAAUCAUCAUCUCCAACAGCAGGAGAGCAGCACGGCUUCAUCCGGCGUCUCCAAUGCCGACGACUUUGACUUUUUGUCCUCAGGCUCCAACCCCGCCGCCGGGUACGAAGUUGACCCUAGUGCCCUCGCCAUGUUUGCGCAAGAUCCCUCCGCCAUGUACACGAGUACGGCCGUGACCGUCUCCGACACGGAGCUCGAGCGCCUCGAGGGCAUCUCGCUGCACUCGCCCAAGAAGGAGAGCGUGGGCUCGGCAGAUCGCGUCCCCUCGCCGACGCCAGAUCAGGGCGCUGCCGUGCUCGCGACAACCACGACCGCACUCACCACCACCGGCCGUCGCAGCAAGAAGCUUGUCGAGGCCCUGUCGUCAACGCUUCGCAAGGCGACCAUGCGCAAGACGACGACGCGCAAGGCUAGCCAGGCCCUACAGCGCGCUGUCUCCCCGAGCCUGGAGAACCCGCCCAUGGCCAUUAAGCCCAACGGGGGCGUGCCGCGCGGACGUCGCGCCCAUCGCGCACACACGCAGCACGCUGCUCUACAGUCACAGCAACAGCAGCAGUUUUCCCAUUCCCCCCCGUUGCCCUUGCAGAUUGAUACCGGCCUGGCCAACGGCGCCGGCUUCGUCGCCGGUCAGUUUGACGACCCAUUUGGCGGGGACAUUUCUCCAACACACGCGCCGCCACAGCAGCAGCAGCAGCAGCAGCAGCAGCAGCAGCAGAUGCGGUACUACAGCCAAGGCGGCAUCGGAACGCCCAUGGACUCGCCCACACGCGCGGCCGCGAUGCUCCAGCAACAGCAGAGUGUUCAGCACUGGCAGCACCAAAUGCAUCAGCAACAACAGAAUGGCGGCGCGCAGUGGUCGACGACUCGCAGCCAACAGGAGCUCUGGUGGGGAGGCGCAGCCGGACCCGUGGACGCCAAGAACAUCGACGCGAACAUGGCGAUGCACUCUCAGCACGGGGAAUUGCCGUACGACGUCCACGCCGACGGCCACAUGGCCGCGGCUGCUCAGAAUGGGCUAAUGAUUCACAUGCCGCAGCCGCGCGCGGGCACCGGCGUGAACGAGCUGGCGCUCAAUGCACACACUUAUCUGCCUCCCCCGGUGCCGCCAAUCCCUGCGGACAAUGGUCGCUCCGUGCGACCGCCCCGGGCGCCGUCUUCCGGCGCGCGCCACCACAACCGCACCAUGUCGUCAAGCCCGAUGCGUAAGCAGCGCGCACCUUCAGCCUCGCCAUCCCCAGGCACGCGCCAGUCGCGACACAGCUCCGGCGCGUCAGCCGCUUCGUCGGCGCAGCGGAGCGUUUCGGGGCGCGUGGUCAGCGUGCCAGGAACGCCGAGCGGCGUGAAGAAGCGGCGAUCGCGGGAUGCCGGUAGCGGUAGCUUUUCUGCCGACGACGGUGGCGGAAUUUUGCUUGGCGGUGGUGGUGGCGGCGGUGGGAUUGGGUUCGUGAACUUCACGCCCAACGACGGCUCGGUCCUCAUGACGGGCGUUGCCCCCAGUGGCAGCUCCAAGACAAAGGCUCGCCGCGAAAAGGAGGCGCAAGAUCGCAGGCGUCGUCUCAGCGAGGCCGCGAUGAAGGCGGUCGCAGCGGCGGGAGGUGACAUCGAGAAGCUGCGCGAGCAGGGCUUUGAGCUGUGA